CCGUUGCCAGGCCGAGCCGCAGGAGCAGCCCGAGCCACCGGCGCCAGAGCCGCUAUCAGCGCGGCGGGCGGGCGGGCAGGCGGGUGGGAGCGGAGCGCUCUGUAGGGCGGGCGGAGCGCAGCGCAGGGACGCGGCAGAACGGAACCGCGGCCCAGCAGGGAUCUGUAGACAGGUGUGCGGGAAGCUGGGCGGCCUGAGCUCUUGGCGGUUCCAGGCCGGGCCCGCGAUCCCGAGCCGGGAGCUGAACCCGGACCCUGCACCCACAGUCCAGUCCCAGCCCCGCAGGUGCUCAGUUUGGCCGUGGGUGCGGGGACCACGGCCAGACGGGGACACCCAAAGCCUAGUGUUGGGCCGGGCCGGGCUGGGGUGGGUGGGGGCCCGCCCGGCCCACCCAUGGGCUCAGGAUGCCGGUGCGGAGAGGCCACGUCGCACCGCAGAAUACCUUCCUGGACACCAUCAUCCGCAAGUUUGAGGGGCAGAGCCGCAAGUUUAUCAUCGCCAACGCUCGAGUGGAGAACUGCGCCGUCAUCUACUGCAACGACGGCUUCUGCGAGCUGUGUGGCUAUUCGAGGGCGGAGGUGAUGCAGCGGCCCUGCACCUGCGACUUCCUGCACGGGCCACUCACACAACGCCGCGCCGCGGCGCAGAUCGCCCAGGCCCUGCUGGGCGCUGAGGAGCGCAAAGUGGAGAUCUCAUUUUACCGGAAGGAUGGGAGCUGCUUCCUAUGCCUGGUGGAUGUGGUGCCUGUAAAGAAUGAGGAUGGGGCUGUCAUCAUGUUCAUCCUCAACUUCGAGGUGGUGAUGGAGAAGGACAUGGUGGGCUCUCCGGUUCAGGACACCAAUCACCGUGGCCCUUCCACCAGCUGGCUGGCCCCAGGUCGAGCCAAGACCUUCCGCCUGAAGCUGCCUGCUCUGCUGGCAUUGACUGCCCGGGAGUCAUCCUCGAGGCCUGGGGGCCCAGGUGGCACGGGAGCUUCAGGGGCUGUGGUAGUGGAUGUGGACCUGACAUCUGUGGCACCCAGUGAGUCGCUAGCCCUGGAUGAGGUGACGGCGCUGGACAACCAUGUGGCAGGGCCCCUGCCAGCUGAGGAGCAGCACUCACUUGUAGGCCCUGGCUCGCCUCCAGCCUGCGCCCCUGCCCCUGGCCAGCACUCUCCACUGGUGCACAGCCUCAACCCUGAUGCCUCAGGCUCCAGUUGCAGCCUGGCCCGGACCCGUUCCAGAGAGAGCUUUGCCAGUGUGCGCCGUGCCUCCUCAGCUGAUGACAUAGAGGCCAUGCGUGCUGGGGCAUUGCCUCCACCACCUCCGCGCCAUGCCAGCACCGGGGCUAUGCACCCCCUGCGCAGUGGCCUGCUUAACUCCACAUCAGACUCGGACCUUGUACGCUACCGCACCAUUAGCAAGAUCCCCCAAAUCACCCUCAACUUUGUGGACCUCAAGGGUGACCCCUUCCUGGCUUCACCCACCAGUGACCGGGAAAUCAUAGCACCCAAGAUAAAGGAGCGAACUCACAAUGUCACUGAGAAGGUCACCCAGGUGCUGUCUCUGGGUGCAGACGUGCUGCCGGAAUACAAGUUGCAGGCACCACGUAUCCACCGCUGGACCAUCUUACACUACAGCCCCUUCAAGGCUGUGUGGGAUUGGCUCAUUCUGCUGCUGGUCAUCUACACAGCUGUCUUCACGCCCUACUCAGCUGCCUUUUUGUUAAAGGAGACAGAGGAGGGCCCCCCGUCCCCUGACUGCGGCUAUGCCUGCCAACCACUGGCUGUAGUAGACCUCAUCGUGGAUAUCAUGUUCAUCGUGGACAUCCUCAUCAACUUCCGCACCACCUAUGUCAAUGCCAAUGAGGAGGUUGUCAGCCACCCUGGCCGCAUUGCUGUCCACUACUUCAAGGGCUGGUUCCUCAUUGACAUGGUGGCUGCCAUCCCUUUUGACCUGCUCAUCUUCGGCUCUGGCUCUGAGGAGCUGAUCGGGCUGCUGAAGACAGCACGGUUGUUGCGGCUGGUGCGUGUGGCACGGAAGCUGGACCGCUACUCAGAGUAUGGGGCAGCUGUACUUUUCCUGCUCAUGUGCACCUUCGCACUCAUUGCACACUGGCUGGCUUGCAUCUGGUAUGCCAUCGGCAACAUGGAGCAGCCACAUAUGGACUCGCGCAUCGGCUGGUUGCACAAUCUGGGUGACCAGAUUGGCAAGCCCUACAACAGUAGUGGCCUAGGCGGCCCCUCCAUCAAGGACAAGUAUGUCACGGCCCUCUACUUCACCUUCAGCAGCCUCACCAGUGUGGGCUUUGGCAAUGUCUCUCCCAACACCAACUCGGAGAAGAUCUUCUCCAUCUGCGUCAUGCUCAUUGGCUCACUCAUGUAUGCUAGCAUCUUCGGCAACGUGUCAGCUAUUAUCCAACGGCUAUACUCAGGUACUGCGCGCUACCACACGCAGAUGCUGCGCGUGCGGGAGUUCAUCCGCUUCCACCAGAUCCCAAACCCACUGCGGCAGCGCCUUGAGGAGUACUUCCAGCAUGCCUGGUCUUACACCAAUGGCAUCGACAUGAAUGCGGUGCUGAAGGGCUUCCCCGAGUGCCUGCAAGCUGACAUCUGCCUGCACCUGAACCGCUCACUGCUGCAGCACUGCAAGCCCUUCCGUGGGGCCACUAAGGGCUGCCUGCGGGCUCUGGCCAUGAAGUUCAAGACGACCCAUGCGCCCCCUGGGGACACACUGGUGCACGCAGGGGACCUGCUCACUGCCCUAUACUUCAUCUCACGGGGCUCCAUUGAGAUACUGCGGGGCGAUGUCGUUGUGGCCAUCCUAGGGAAGAAUGACAUCUUCGGAGAGCCCCUAAACCUGUAUGCACGGCCUGGCAAGUCCAACGGAGAUGUGCGUGCCCUCACCUACUGUGACUUGCACAAGAUUCACCGGGAUGACCUGCUUGAGGUGCUGGACAUGUACCCUGAGUUCUCUGACCACUUCUGGUCCAGCUUGGAGAUCACCUUCAACCUUCGAGAUACCAACAUGAUUCCUGGCUCUCCGGGCAGCACAGAACUUGAUGGCUUCAGCAGGCAACGUAGGCGCAAGCUGUCAUUCCGCAGGCGCACAGACAAGGACUUCGAGCAGCCAGGGGAGAUGUCAUCGGCCUUGGGGCCAGGCCAGACAGGAGCAGGGCCGAGUGGCCAUGGUCGGCCAGGAGUGCCAUGGGGGGAGAGCCCAUCUAGUGGCCCCUCCAGCCCUGAGAGCAGUGAGGAUGAGGGUCCAGGACACAGUUCCAGCCCCCUCCGUCUGGUGCCCUUCUCCAGCCCCAGGCCCCCUGGAGAGCUGCCAGGUGGAGAGCCCCUGGCCGAGGACUGUGAGAAGCACAGUGACACUUGCAACCCACUGUCAGGUGCCUUCUCAGGUGUGUCCAACAUCUUCAGCUUCUGGGGGGACAGUCGGGGUCGCCAGUACCAGGAGCUGCCUCGCUGCCCUGCCACCACCCCCAGCCUCCUCAACAUCCCCCUUUCCAGCCCAGGCCACCGACCUCGCGGUGAUGUGGAGAGCAGGUUGGAUGCCCUCCAGAGGCAGCUCAAUAGACUAGAAACCCGGCUGAGUGCAGACAUGGCCACUGUGCUGCAGCUGCUACAGAGGCAGAUGACACUGGUUCCACCCACCUACAGCGCUGUGACCUCCCCAGGACCUGGCCCCACCUCCACCUCCCCUCUGCUACCUGUCAGCCCUAUCCCCAUUCUCACCCUGGACUCGCUUUCUCAGGUUUCCCAGUUCAUGGCAUGUGAGGAGCUCCCCACAGGAGCCCCAAAGCUCCCGCAAGAUGGCCCUACCCGACGCCUCUCCCUGCCAGGCCAACUGGGGGCCCUCACCUCCCAACCCCUGCACAGACACGGCUCAGACCCAGGCAGUUAGUGGGGUUGCCCAGUGUGGACACGUGACUCACCCAGGCUCAGGGCAUGACUUGGGCCCCUCCCUUCUAAUGCCCGUUCACCCCGGCUGUGGCUGUGGAUAGCACAGUUUCUCCCCAACCCUCAGGACCAUCUCCUCCUGCAGUCUCCUGGGCCCCAGUGGGAGGGGCAGGGGCAGGGCUGGGCAGGGAAGGGGCCUGUGGUCCCACCCUGCCCUGAGGGCAUUAGCUGGUCUAACUGCCCGUAGGCACCAGGCCUGGGCCUUAGGCACCUCAAGGACUUUUCUGCUAUUUACUGCUCUUAUUGUUAAGGAUCAUAAUUAAGGAUCAUAUGAAUAAUUAAUGAAGUUACUGAUGACUAUGAAUAAUAAAUACUUAUGCUGAAGAGACUC